CUCGAGAAUGUAUGAUAAUUUCGUGACGUCAUGACCAAUGUUGUUGUUUUGGUCCACCAGCUGUGCUCUGCAGAAAGAAGCAAGCAGAUACAAGAAAGUUAGGACAUUUUUUUAAAACUUAACGAUCGUGCGACGUUCAGAGGUGUGGGCAGAAUUGAUAUACAAGAUGGGAGGAGCUGUGAGCACAGGUGAUGACAAUGAUGAGCUUAUCGACAAUUUAGUGGAGGCAGAAUACAUCAAAACACCACUGACAGAACGAGUCUUUCGAGCAGUGGAUCGUGCUGACUACUAUCUGCCAGACCACCGAGAGAGUGCCUACAAGGACUUGGCUUGGAAACAUGGACAUUUGCACUUGUCAGCUCCAUGCAUUUACUCAGAAGUGCUAGAGUCUUUGGAUCUGCAGGAAGGCAUGUCUUUUCUAAACCUGGGAAGUGGUACUGGCUAUUUGAGCACAAUGGCAGGACUUAUCAUGGGGCCAUAUGGCAUAAACCAUGGAGUGGAGCUUCAUGAGGAUGUUGUGGCCUACGCCAGGGAGAAACUGGAAGAGUUCAAGAGAAAUUCAUCUGCAUUCAAGGAAUUUGACUUCUGCGAACCCCACUUUGUGGUGGGGAAUUGUCUGCAGCUUGCAUCUGGCUGCCGUUUAUAUGAUCGUGUCUAUUGCGGUGCUGCCUGCCCUUUUGAGCACGAGAACUAUAUGAAGAACUUGAUCAAAGUGGGAGGGGUUCUUGUCAUGCCUCUCAAUGACCAGUUGUUGCAGAUUCGUCGGGUUACAGAAACUGAAUGGUCUUCACGUAAUGUCCUACCAGUCUCAUUUGCAACUCUUGUGACGCCGUGCAAAGAGAAAAGUGACAUUGUUGAUCUUCCCGAUUGCCAAGUUCUGAUGCUCCAGGAAGCUUGUCGUUAUACCAUCCGCAGCAUUCUGCGAAAUAACAUUUAUGCCGAACAACCUUGUUUGCGUCAGCCUCAGAGGAAACCUCGUCGCUCCAAACCCAGAAUGAAGCGCUCGGGUAGGGGUCAUUGUAUUAACAUAGUUCCCGGAAAUGUGGGUAUGAUGAUCCUUGGCAACUUUGAUGAAAGUGAUGAAGGGGAACAUUAUGAUGAGAUUGAUGAUGAUGAUGAAGAUGACACAACUGAUCAAGAGAAUCGCUCAGUAGAUCAGAACAAGAACGAUAAUAGUGACCCUGUUCAGUCUGUAAAGAAUCGUGACAGCAACACCAGAGAGCAGAGUUGUGGUGAGGAUGCAAACAGCUUGCCACAUUUUCCAGAAAACCUCACAGAUUUGCUGAGAGCCACAGCCAAGCCGGGGAAGUCCAAGAAUGGAAAAGCUGCCGAUACCAGUAAGAGUAGGGCUGCUAAAGUAAUCCAGGAGUCAAACUCCUCCUCUGUCACUGGGUGCACAGAAAAUAAGCGCGCAUCCCCAAGUUCCUUAUGCGAAUCAGCCCAGACAGACAGUGCGUCGAAAAGAAUGAGACAUAUGAAUUUGAAAGAUGCAAGAGAAGAAGAGUUGCUGGUUUCUGCAAAUGGCUGCUCUGUGGAGGUGACUCGAGAAGCCCAGGAUCUCCAUGAAUUUUCCUCUGAAGACUCAGACUUGGAAAACAUGGACCUAACAGACUCACAUGGAACACCAAUCCAAACUCGCCACACGCCCAGUUCUGUGCUUCAGGCCCUUAGCCUUCUUCCCCUUCCUAAAAAAAUCAGAUGUUCUUCAUCCACUAGUGCUGACACCUCUGAAACGUCUGGCUUUGGGUCCUACGGAGACGACCCUCUUGAUCUCCCACAGCUAAGCUGCGAUAAAGACUCCCCUGUUAGCAGCACAGAGGAGGAGUCACGGGGUCAAGGACAAUCUGAUGCUGGUGCCUUGUCAGGUGAUAGUCCUGGGCCUACCUUGGGCCAAAUCUUGAAGGAAAGAAUAGAUGUAUUGCCUUUGCCAUUGGCUCUCCGAUCUUAUCUGAUGUACUACAGAAACUAGGAUAGAGAGUAAACGUGGAGUAGAAAUCAGGGUCUUUCAUAAUGUAGUGCUGAUCGCACUAAAAACUGACGCGCGCUGUGGAUGGCAGCUUCUGGGGAGGUUUGACUGUGUUAAGUAUGACUGAGAGAGAACACAUUUAUAUGAUGUGUGUACUCCAAGGUCAUGAGAAACUUUGACCAAAGGAUGCAGAAUGUGAAUUAAACCAGAUGGACUGGGUAGCAUGCAUAUGAUAACUGUUAAAUAUUGGGAUUACCUUCUGACGUGUUACUGUAGCAGUUCUUGCAAUAGUCAGGUCUGCCUUUUUGUUUUGACUGUAGACUAUUACUCUUAUUUAUUUUGAAUGAUUUUUCUUCAUAAAUUUGAUGAUCUUCAUUUUUGUCACCAGUUAUAGUAGUGGGUGUUUCUUGAUGAAGGUAUUUGAAUUACAUGUUAAUUUCUUUUUCUUUGUAAAACAGGCUUGCUGCCACCAUUUAUGGAUUUUGUGAAUGUUUCUUGAUUUCACAUGCAGAGAAAUAAAAAUAAUUCAUAAUUAUUGAAGCCUCGUGCUUAAAGCUUUUUGCAACUUCUGAUGUGUUUAUAGUCUGCCAUAUACACUAAAUUUUCUUCUUCAGAUCUGCUCUGGUUUUAUACAUCGUGCGCAUGUGAAAAAUAGCUGAAAUCUGAUUCAGAGUGUUAUUCCUAUAUUAAUAUUUAUAUAUUAUCGGAAGCAACAUCUAGCAGGGACCGUGUGUGUGUGUGUGUGAGAGAGAACGGCAGGUGUUAAUCACGUAGCAAGGAGAUCAGAGCAGUUCAAAACCCUAGUUGCCUGUUAGUUUACGCAAUACAGUACUUCUUUUGGUGAAGUUUCGUGGUCAAUUGUACUUUGAUGCAAAGUUAAGCAUUUUUAAUGAAUGAUAUCACAUGAAAAAGUAUUCAGAAGCAAGAGGGAUCAGUUCUGGGAUUGUUGGUCAGUUAUGUACAUAAAAAAAACAGUAUUCAUUUUUUUAUGCUGCUUUUGAAGAAAACCAUUAUGAGAGGAUUUGAUUACCUAAACAGACAUGUCAUUGAAAAUAAUGGUAAUUACUAACAUUUUGUUAUAUCUAAGAUUAUAACCUUAAUUUCUGGUCAGAAUUGCAUUAGUUCACGUUUUCUCAAAAAGUUCAUGGUUUAUGGUUCUCCUCUCAACAGCUUAUAUUUCCUUUAAAACAGAUUUUGCAAUUUUUUUUCAAGAUAGACUGCUCAAUAUUUAACUGAUAAUGCUGGACAUCCUCUUGGGUAAGGGCAGGAGGUGAAAUCCUCCAAGGUACAUUUCAAAAUCUUGCAAAUUUAAAGUUGUCUUUCAGCUCAGUUAUUUUAAACAAAGAAUCUAAAAUUAUGUGUUCAGGUACACUUGAGUCUUGUAUUACUGAGUUACUUUCAAUUAAAAGUAAGUGAUAAAGAGACAAGAAAGAUCAUGUGGAGAAAACUUUAUGGGAUGAUGCCCUUGGUGGUGGAAAGAAUUGCCUUGAGCUUUAAAGUUGGAAAGGAGUGAUUUUAAGCAGAGAAUCAAACACUUGUUCUACAGUCCAGACUGUUGUAAUCAUCAUGUAACAGUUCCUUCCUUAUAUUUUGCAGAAAAAAACAAGCUUUUUAGGAUUGGUAGUAAUUUGGGCUUCCUGCUGAGGUUUAGGGGCGGAAACAUGGCAUGUAGCUAGUUUUCAAAACGUAGAAUAAAUGCCUUUCAUGUACUUGAAAAUUUUAAGUUUCGAUAAAAUUUGGAGUUUCGCAUGCCAGCAUGUUGCCGUGUUAGAUAAGCAUCUGCAUGCCAUAAUUUAAGAAGAAAACUUUUUUCUCUAUGUUGUAUAUAUUGAACAUGACGAGAAUAUUUGUUGUGUUUGAAAUAUGGAUAUGCACGAUUUAUGUUUUUCCCUGUUUAGCUCUGCUACAAAAUUUGCUUUUUUUGUGCACAACUUUAAUACAUUCACUUCUUGUUUUCCUUGAUGGUAAGGAUUAUUCAAAAGACGUUUGACAAAAGACAGCUUGAAUAUAUGGCUGGAAUGGUCUAACAUAAAGACUCUUCCUGGGACUUUUUUAAAAAUGUAUUUUAAUCCAAAGCUAACAGUGAAGGUCUCAUUGUACAUUUGUACAGAAAUGUUCAAUUUUUGUAUUCAUGUUGUGACCGCAUAUAAAAAUCACUAUAAAAAUAUAUUGCAGUGGUGCCCAACCUUUCUUUGCCCAAGAGCUGCACUGGACAUGAUAUAAACUUUUGCGGGCCAGAAAAUGGCAGUUUUGCCAGAAUCGUAAUGUUAAAAAUGAAAUUAUGUUGUGUCUGGUUAAAAUGAGCGGGCCGGAUGAGGCACCUUCACAGGCCGGAUGUGGCCUGGGCCGAAGGUGGGGCACUCCUGGUAUAUUGCUUCUGAAGAGGAUUCCAUGUAAAAUGUACAUCUUGUAUGGCUGUUCAGAUUGUAUAAAUGAGUAAAGUUGUUAUCUGAACACUUGUAAAUUGACAAAUAAACACUGAUCUUCUAACUG